AGAGAGAAAGAGGUUGGUCUCUCAAUGACUGCACUAACAAAACAGCAGCGCAGAUCUGCGGGCAUAAACAAAUGCACGCAGGCUGUCUGUCCCUCACCUGACGCGCGAGACACUUUGAUGAUCGCUAUCGUUGAAAUUAACCGGAUUAACGAGACCGACCGCAACCCCGCUUUGCUGCUUUCUAACGCGGACCUCCGACGACAUCUAUGUAUUAUUUAAACUGAAAUAGCCGAAAAUGACGGAGCUGAGAAGGCGAGGAGGAGGAGACCCUGACAGCACAGAAAACAUCAGUGACAAGGAGGCAGAUGGAGAUGACAGGCUUGGCUUUCCCGGUGAGGGGGAAGGAGACAUGGAGGGCGACUCCAAAGCAGACACACCGGACGUGCCACCUUCCACAGAUAGCACUCCAGAGUGUCUCAACAAAGCCCUGGAGGGCUUGUCAUCUAGAUGGAAGAACUGGUGGAUAAGAGGUAUAUUGUCAAUGACGAUGAUAGUUGGCUUUUUCCUCAUCAUCUAUUUGGGACCUAUUAUGCUUAUUUUUGUGGUCAUGAGUGUUCAGAUCAAAUGUUUUCAUGAAAUUAUCACUAUUGGCUACAGAGUUUACCAUUCCUAUGAUUUGCCGUGGUUUCGAACUCUCAGCUGGUACUUCUUGAUUUGUGUGAACUACUUCUUUUAUGGAGAGACAGUGGCUGAUUAUUUCGGUGUGCUCGUCCAAAGGGAGGAACCUUUGCAGUUCCUCGUGCGUUAUCAUCGUUUCAUUUCUUUUGCACUGUAUUUGGCAGGUUUCUGCAUGUUUGUACUGAGUUUAGUGAAGAAACAUUACCGCCUGCAGUUUUAUAUGUUUGCUUGGACCCAUGUGACCUUGUUGAUUGUGGUGACUCAGUCACAUCUGGUCAUUCAAAACCUGUUUGAGGGAAUGAUCUGGUUUAUUGUUCCAAUAUCUACUGUCAUCUGUAAUGACAUCAUGGCCUACCUGUUUGGCUUCUUCUUUGGAAGAACACCGUUGAUUAAGCUCUCCCCAAAAAAGACCUGGGAAGGAUUUAUUGGAGGAUUUUUUGCAACGGUGGUCUUCAGCUUCUUUUUUGCGUACUUGCUAUCCCAGUACCAGUACUUUGUUUGUCCAGUGGAAUACAACAGCGAGACAAACCGCUUUGCAGUGGAGUGUGAGCCCUCAAAUCUGUUUGUAAUGCAGGAAUACACACUGCCUGCAGUGGUGCAGAAUGUGGUCAGAUGGAAAACCGUGAACCUUUACCCAUUUCAGAUCCACAGUAUUGCACUCUCUUCAUUCGCUUCUCUUAUUGGACCAUUUGGUGGAUUCUUUGCUAGCGGCUUCAAACGUGCUUUCAAAAUCAAAGACUUUGCAAACACCAUCCCUGGUCAUGGUGGGAUAAUGGAUCGCUUUGACUGUCAGUAUCUGAUGGCCACGUUUGUUCAUGUUUACAUAGCAAGUUUUAUCAGGGGGCCAAACCCCAGUAAGGUCUUACAGCAGUUGCUGGCCCUGCAACCAGAGCAGCAACUCAGCAUCUUCAACACGCUGCACAACCACUUGCGAGAAAAGGGCAUGCUGCCCCCUGCUGUGGAGGAGGCCCAAUGACGGAAACCUCCACCAUAGCAAACAUCACCAGAUGUUGAACUCUUGAAGCAUUCACCCAUGACUGUGAUUGCACUUGCACACUCCCAAUUAACUCUACACUGACUGCAAUAAUAGAGAGUGAGGUCUGCUACAAAACUUUCACUUUCAACCCAUUGAAAACUCACCAAAUGCAAGAGUAAAAUGACCACAAGGGGGAGGUGUGGUUCUCUAAUGUUAGAAACAAAAUAUCUGAGGUCUUCCAAUCAAGGAACAUGCUAAAGAAAAGAGCAAAGCACAUGGUAAGUGAAUGUAUAACACUGUCCAGAACGGGUCUUUAAUGGAGUGACAUUGUUGUAUGGGUUCUGAGAGUGAUUCUGGCCUAAUUAAGGAGUGUGAGAUUUCAAGUGGAAGUGCUUUGUGACUGCAAUAACUCAUGGUGGUGACUUUGGAUUUUUGAGAUGCCAUAAUUCUUAUGGUUAACAUUAAAUGUGAGCUUAAUUUAUAACAGGUGUCCUAAACUCAGACCAUUCAAAACAACAAGUCUGAAACAGAAGCAUGUUCUCAAGUCCUACUGUUACUGCUGAAAAUAGCCAUGUUUUCUUUUCACUUCCACAUUGAGUGUCUUUGUGUGAGUGUUAGAAUAACAAUAGCAGUGGAUAAGGUGUCCACUGCAUACUCACUUGUGUACAUAUAUCUUGAGUUAUUGUAAAUAGAUAUGAUAUACUAGAUCAUGAAUAAAUAGAUUAUACAUAUAUUUAAAAAUAUAAAGCUUAUUGAAUUCUAUAAAAUAUAGAGUUAUGAAUAUGACAUGCAAAAAGACCUAGACUUGUUUUAUUGACUCAAAUCCAGCAUGAUUAAACCUCUCUAGGGGUGGAGAAUAACUUGAGUGGGUGGUCUUUCGGGGAGAAACACAACAGCCUUUUUGAGAAAGAUGAUCUUUGAAUAAUUUGCUGUUUUUCCUCUACUUGACCAUCCGAUUUAAGCCCUAUUCAGAUGGGAUUAGUUUUAUAUGGGGACAGGGAGUAGGCUACUGUGCAAAUCGUUUUUUUUUUUUUUUUAGGGAGUGCACGUUCCCAUGCUGGUUUUACCUACUAUAAAACACCCUGUAAAAAUAACCCCUGGUAAUAUUAAUCCCAUCCUAAUAGGGAGUUGCACUGUAGCUACAUGCCUCCAUAGGCUCAGUUUUAACUCUUUUAAAUUUGCUGUUCAGGUUUUAUCUACAACACUGGUGCUUUUAAGUAGAUAUCUGAUAUUUAAUCAAAUUCAAACAUGCUCUUAGAUUCACAGGAAUUUAAUAAGUAGAUGUUUAUGUGCAUUUUAUUUUUUGCUUUGUCCUUUCUGCAAUGUUUUGUUUAGCUUCUCUUAAAAUAGUCUUUUUAAAACUAUGGAUUUUCAUGUUCAUUUAAAUGGGCUGAAAUACUUCUGAAUUGUUUAGCAAACAAAUCUUCAAAUGUAUACCAAAGCACUGUCUAAAUUUGUUGUAUAAACACCCUUACUAAUGUCACAUUUACUUCACACUAAGAUAUACAUUGUCAAAUGCUAAAACCUAAAGAACGAAAUCCAGCAACAUGGUAAUCAACAAUUGAAAUUAGGUUUCCAUGGCAAUUAAAGGCACUUUUAAAAAAACAGAAGUAUAAUAUUACUCUUGACAGUUUCACCCUGCUAAAACAAGUUUCUAGUGAAACUAUUUCCCCUAAGUGGAUUUAUAAUAAACUGUGUCCAUUACUUUUGCCCAAAUUACACAUCAGGAGUGUAAUUCGGGACCAGUAGUGUGUAUUGUAAUACAUAAAAGUCAUUGUAGGGUACAACGGGGCUAAAGGCUCCGCAGGGUAAAAGGCUCCAUUGAUUUUAUUUUCUCCCAAAACACUAAAUAGUGCCAAAAACUACCAUAGCACUUUCUUAAAUGCCUGUUUGUCACUAUGCACUGCACUGCAAAAAAAAAAAAAAAAAAAAGAUUCUUUGCGUGUAAUGUCUAAAUUUUGAUUUUGAGGCAAUUGGAUCUAAUUUUUAUAAUUUUUUUCAAUGUUGCAAAUUUAUGUAGCUAAUGAAUAUCCCUGAAGUGAACACAUUUCUUUUGAGACAAAAUAAUAAUUUAAUAAUAAUAUUUUAAAAUAAAUAAUAUUUUGUUUAAGUUCAUUAAAUCAAAACAUUUUCAACAAAUGUCCAAUAAAUGUAAGGAUAGUGUUUGGGGUAACAACCCCCAUGUUGCAGGGGCUAAAGGCCCCUAUUAAACACAUUGUUUUUCUUAAGUGGGCGGAAUAGAUUUAAGAAAAAUGUUCAAGGUGGGGUCACAUUGACUCAUCUGAUAAUAAUAGAGAUUAGUUUGUUUAUAAAAUACUUGAUAUGUAAUACAAUGUCAAAUGUGUUGAAAUUAACAGGAAAUGGUUGACUUUUUUCUGAAGUAGUCGUUUUGAGUAAGCAUCAUAAUUUGUUAAUUAAAGCAUUUUGCUGUCUCAAAAUGAUUUGCAUUAGUUGACAAAUUGUACCCUAUAACUAUAGCCCCAGUAUCUACACGAUAUCACUUUAAACCCCCUAGGGGCCUUUUACCCCAUGUGAAAUUUCCUUAAGGGGUGCCUAUAGCCCCAUUGUACCCUAAGACCCCUUACCUUAUUCAUUCCUGUCUGCAAUAGGUUUACAUGUUCCUUUCCUCUACAUCCACUGCCCUGUAGACUUUAAGAUUGCUCAACCAGCUUUAUCACAGACAUUUUGCAGCCAUGUAAGAAUGUUGUAUGUCUAGUAAUCUAAAACCUAUCAGACCAAAAAGAGAACACACCUCCUCUGCCAGGUGUCUAUAGCUUGUUUUGUGGCUGUCACAGUUGUAAUACCAAUUUAGUUUAAGAGCUGCUGUACGAUUUAAGUUGUUACCCAAUGUUUAAUAUUGUGCAACGUUGUAUUGUUGAGAUGUUUAACAGCAAAUGAGUUUCAAAUUAUUUACUUAGCACGAUUUGUGUUAUUCAUUGUUUUAAAUUGAUAACUUUUCAAUAGUAAAUAUUCACCAGAAGAAAUGGUGUACAAAGUAACAAAUUAUGGGCAAUACUGGGGAAAAAGCAAACAGUAUAAGCUAUUAUUGUUAUUAUUAUUAUUUCAGUGCUACAUUUGGUGAAUAAACUCUUCACUUUUGACCUAU